UUCUGCAUUCUCAAUGGUAAUAGCUCAUGUGGCGGCUAUAUAGGCAAGCUUACAUAUGAAGUUGGUGUGUAAUAUAUACUAACAAGAGCAAUACCUCAAAUACAAAUGUGUACUUUCCAACAUCAAAGUUUUUGUGAGAAAGGAGUCCAGGAAGUACGUUGCAAAGAUUAACUAAUGCGAGCUCAAACUGUACCCUUUGAUCCACAAAGCUUAGAGCUUGUGCGAGCUACACACUAAGAGUUGGUUUGGUGCCUUAGAACCGAGUACCAGAUCAUUAAAAAAUACAAAACAUAGCUGAAAUGGUGAAAAAUGACAGUAGAUGGAAGGGAUAAGAUAAGUGGAACAGAGAACCUGAAAUCAUACAGAACGACCACAUAUGGCAUAAUCGAAAACCAUUGAUCACUUUUUUUUUUUUUAAAAAAAAAAAAAAAAAAAAAGAAAACCAUUGAUCACAAAUUUUCUAUCUUCUUAUAUAAAUAAAAAUUAAACCAUUGAUCACAAAUUUUCAAAGUGAGAUUUUUUUAAAAUUUAUUAAUUUAUAUUUGUUUUAAAAAAUUUAAAUAUAACAUAUAUAGACAAAUCGAUUUUUUCAUUAAUUGAUUAACUUAUUUAAAUAAUAAUAAUAUAACAAAAUGAUAGAGGAUGUAUAAAUUAUUGUCAAAUCUUUAUUAUUUAGAAUAAUUAAUUAUCAUAUAUAUUUUGAUUAGAUUAGGUAAUUCUGUAUGUUCGAUUUAAGGAAAUAAUGAAAAAAUAUUUUUAUAUUAAUAAUUAAUUAUAUAAUUAGUUUAAUGAAAAGCAUAUUAUCAUCUAUUGUCUUUCUUUAUUUAGAGGCUUUUCUUCACUCGUAUCAGUAAGAGUAUAAAACCCAUAAUUACUAAUCUUGGAAAUACGACUAUCUGAUACCAAUUAGCUCAUAUAAGUGUCUUUGUAAAUACUCAUUCCUAAUACCUUAUAUGCUUGCUUUUUGGUCAGAAAAUUGUAGUGUUUGGAAUAUAUUAUGAUACGAAUGUAUGGGCCUAAUGCCCAUUAGAAAAGUCUUAAAUAUCCGACCCGACCCGACUCGUUUUUUUUUUUUGUUACCGCCAUAUAAAACCCUAAUUCAAUUUUCUGCUCUGUUCUCCUUCUUCUCCCACAAGGUUGCCAUAAACCUUUCUCUUGUGCACUCUCCCUUCGAAUUUCAAAUUCGAUCGACUCAUUCCUGCCUGUAGACUUUGUUCUUUUGGUUUAUUUAACGCGAUGGAUCGCGAAAGCAUGUGCGACUCUGACGAUGACGACGAUAUCGGUGAAGAUCUUGAAGAGUUAAGACGCGCAUGUAUCGUCUCCGAUUCCAAUUCUGGCAGAGGGUUACCGUCUGAUUCUGAAAACGAAGACGACUUUGAUAUGCUUCGAAGAAUCAAAACUCAAUUAGCUUCGUCGCCGGAUCAUCCGAUGGGUUUAUCAUCCCUGCCUUCUGAUUCAGACAAUGAAGACGAUUUUGAGAUGCUUCGGAGUCUUAAGAGACAAUUGGCACUUCCCAUGGACCAAGAAGACGAAGAUGAUGAAACCCUUGUCGCUAUUUGUAAACGAUUCUCUUCUUAUGAAAACUCAGGUGUGGAAGGAACUUUGAUGAAUGAGUCUUCUCGCAAGCAGGUACAUGCCUCGUGUAAUGAACCUUCAAGCGAAAUAUUGAGUAGGUCUAACACUUGUGAAAGCUUUUCAGAGGAUGUAGAAGCUGUCAGCACUUCCACUGAGCCUCCUCUUGCCCUUGCUUCUGCGAGCUCAAGUACAUUCCAAGCGUUUGUGGACGCGAUCAGGAAGAACAGGUCGUAUCAGAAGUUUCUUCGAACAAAACUGGGAGAAAUCGAAGCGACGAUUGAGAAGAACGAGAAGCUUCAGAAAGACGUUAAGAUUAUUGAUGGUUUCGCGGUUUCUUGCAAGAGAAGGAUGAAGCAGCAGGCGUUUUCUCAGGGUAAAGAUCCACGUUUUGAGUUAAUCUCAACACGAAAGCUUAAAACUCAUGAUAGCUCUGAGGGUAAUGAUAAAGAGACGUUGGGUCCAUUAGAAAAUCCUUGUGUUGCAAGUUAUAGGAUGGCACUAGAGGAGUAUCCAGUUUCAGUGUGUCGCAGAAAUUGGUCUGCUAAGGAGAACGAAGAUCUUGCAAAAGGUCUCAAACAACAGCUUCAAGAAGCACUGAUUCAUGAAGCUACUGAACGGUCCAGUGACUUGGAAGGGUGUUCAGAUGAUAUAGACACCAUUCUUGAAUCAGUGAGUAAUCUUGAGAUCACACCAGAAAUGAUUAGGCAGUUUCUUCUGAAAGUUAAUUGGGAUCAGUUGGAUAUCAAGAACCGUUCUGCUGCAGAAUGUGAAGCCCGGUGGAUGAGCUCGGAAGAUCCAUUGAUCAACCAAGGUCCGUGGACUGCAGCAGAGGACGAUUACAUACGCUUAGUAACCCAAAACAAGAGUGUUACCGAUUGGCUUGACGUUGCGGUAUCACUAGGCACAAAUAGGACCCCGUUUCAAUGUUUGGCUCGAUAUCAGAGAAGCUUGAAUACAGACAUACUGAGAAGAGAGUGGACUCCAGAAGAAGAUGACCAACUCCGUAACGCAGUAGGCUUGUUUGGCGAGAAAGACUGGCAAUCUGUUGCUAAUGAAAUAGAAGGAAGAACUGGCACUCAGUGCUCUAACAGAUGGAAUAAGUCGCUUGUCCCAAGCAGGAAGAGGGUAGGGAAAUCAAAUUCAAAGGAGGCCAAGUGGAGCUCAGAGGAAGACAAACGUCUGAGAGUAGCUUUGACAUUCUUUGGAGCUAAAAAUUACAAUAAAAUUGCUCAGUUUGUUCCUGGAAGGACACAGUCUCAGUGUCGAGCGAGAUGGAAAGAUUCUUUAGAUCCCAGACUAAACUUUGGGAGCUGGACCGAGGAAGAGGUUACAAAGUACAAUGAAGCAGUUAAAGAACAUGGUGAUAGUAACUGGUCCAAAGUCGCUUCACAUGUUUAUUCUCGUACUAGCAAGCAGUGCUCAAGGAGAUGGGAGACCUUAAACCCUCACCUAAAGCUUCUUAAGAAAGAAGCUUUGAGGUUAAGAAGAGAAGCUACCAUAGGUAACUUUGUUGAUCGGGAAUCAGAGCGUCCUCUUCUUGUUGCAAGCGAUUUUUUGGCACUAGCUGAGAGAUCUUUCGAGCCAGAACCCGCACUGAAGAAGAAACGCAAAGCAAGACAGAAGAAGGCAGAUGCAGAAUGCGAGAGUGAAGCAGUUUGUGAUGAUACAGAGAGACAACCAAAGAGGAGGAGAAAAGGAUUAGAGAGAUGCUCAGGAGAUGGAAAGGAGAAGAAACAAAGACGAAAACGCAAAGCUGUUGCAGGAACAUCAUCAUCAGAUAACAGCACUGUGACCACCAACUGCUCCCAAGUCAAUGUUGGUAUAGAGAAGCUUAAGCCUAGGAGGAAAGUGUCUGCAGUAGUUCCCAUAGAGAAUCAAGAUGCACUAAACUAGGAUUUUUCCUUUGAUGCUCUUGAAAAUUUUGUAUGUACACUAGUCCAAA